ACUCUGCCGACCCACAACUCCCCACCAUUUCUUUAAAACUCUCCUCCAAAUAUUCUCAACUUAGUCUAUUUCAUUGCUUCUCUACUUCUCUUUCUCCUUUCAUCCCUUCCUUUCCAACUUUCUCUCUUUCUCUUAAUUUCUAUUUAUAAAAAAAGAAAAUUAGUGAAUUUUCAUUGCUUCUUCUUCUUCUUCUUAUUUUCUCUAUAUUGUUUAUAUAUAUAUAUUAUUAUUAUUAUUAAUGGAUAGUUUGGCAAAGGAGAAGAUAAGCAAGAGAAGGAGUAGUGAAUGUAGUAAUGAGGAAAGAUUGAAGGUGAAGAGAAUGGGAAAGAGAGUUGCAAGAGAUUCACCUACACAACGUACCUCCAUUUUCAAGGGUGUCACAAGGCAUCGUUGGACAGGAAGAUAUGAAGCUCAUCUUUGGGAUAAGAACUGUUGGAAUGAAUCUCAGAAUAAGAAAGGGAGACAAGUUUAUCUUGGGGCUUAUGAUGAUGAAGAAACAGCAGCUAGAGCAUAUGACUUGGCUGCAUUGAAAUAUUGGGGCCCUCAGACCACUCUCAACUUCCCUUUAUCAGCAUAUGAAGAGGAACUUAAAGAAAUGGAAGGGCAAUCCAGAGAGGAGUAUAUUGGAUCACUGAGGAGGAAAAGCAACGGGUUUUCAAGAGGAGUUUCAAAGUAUAGAGGUGUUGCAAGGCAUCAUCAAAAUGGAAGAUGGGAAGCGAGGAUCGGUAGAGUGAUUGGCAACAAGUAUCUCUACCUCGGAACAUAUGCAACAGAAGAAGAAGCAGCGUUUGCGUAUGACGUGGCAGCAAUCAAAUACAGAGGGAUCAAUGCAGUCACUAACUUUGAUCUUAGUUUAUACAUAAAUAAUACUGAAAUCCCUAACCCUAAUCCUAACCCUAACCCUAACCCUAACACUAACCCUAAUCCUAAUUAUAAGGAUGAGAACUCUCUGGCAAAGCAAAGCUUUCAUCAAUCAUCUGAAAUUAAUGAAAUACUCAAGAGUGCAUCAUCAACAACAAAUCAUCAGCGAUCUGGUUGCAACUUCCCUGAUGACAUACAGACAUACUUUGAAUUUAAAAAUGAAGAGAACUACACCGGCAAUGAUGAUGAUGAUGAUGCCAUUUUUGGAGACAUAAUAAACUCAUUUAUUUCACCAAUAUUACAAUGGUGAGCUUUUAUACAUUUCAAUCUUAAUAAUGAUCUCUAAAAUGUAUCAAUUCUUUGUUCUUUGCCAUUUGAUUUUAUCAAUAUGUAUAAAAG